UGUUGAAGCUAAUUGAGUGGUUUCAAACAUAAACCGACAAAAUUCUCACAUUCAGUACAGAAUAAUUUUGUUCCGCAUAAGAAUAAUUGUAGCCCCUGCCCCCAAAAUACGCGGCAGUGGAAAUACACACGCCCACAAAAAAAAAACGCCUAAUAUCGUUUAAUAAUCUAUACUAACUCUAUUGUUCGAACCAGAAUUACUUUUGAUGUGAAUUUGUAAGCGAUCGCUCACAUAUUUUGAUCCCACUUCUAGCUACAUCACGGCGCAGGGAAUCUGGUUGUAGCUGCAUUGUUGAAGUUGGAUUUGGUGGAUGCCACAUGGUUCGUUACUACUGUUAGCUAGCUAACGCUAGCUAGCUUGGAGUUUUUUCUUUUUACGUCGCUGGCGGUCCUUACCCACUGUUCCUACACUGGAAAUAUUGAAUUAACAUAGAGGUCAGAUGGAGAAGCCUCCCCUGCCCAAUGACGAUUACACGGCGGUGACACCAGAGACUCAGCUGGGCAGCUUGGCUGGCGAGGAUAGUCAGGAGGGCGUAGUGGAGCCCCCCGCCCGGGAUGGGUGGGACAGUAAAGUGGAGUAUUUCCUGGCUCAGGUGGGGUUCAGCGUUGGCCUGGGCAACGUGUGGAGGUUCCCCUACCUCUGCCAUCAAAAUGGAGGAGGGGCCUUUCUCCUCUUGUACGUGCUGCUCAUGAUCCUUGUGGGCAUUCCCCUGUUCUUCCUGGAGCUGGCGGCUGGUCAGUCCAUCCGGCAGGGCAGCAUCGGAGUGUGGAAGCACAUCUCUCCCAAGCUGGCGGGGAUCGGCUACUCCAGCUGUGUGGUGUGUUUUUUUGUUGCUCUCUACUACAACGUGAUCAUCAGCUGGAGCCUUUUCUACUUAGGAAACUCAUUUCAGUAUCCACUACCUUGGCAAGAGUGUCCUGAAUACGGUAACAUAACUGUGAAGGAAUGUGUGGCCAGCAGUCCUACCACCUACUUCUGGUUCCGGAAGGCUCUUAACAUCACCGACUCCAUCAGCGAGACGGGCGAGUUUAACCCUGUCAUCACCUGCUGCCUGCUGGCCGCCUGGACCAUCGUCUGCUUGGGCAUGUUCAAGGGCAUCAAAUCCUCUGCCAAGGUGAUGUAUUUCUCCUCGGUCUUCCCCUAUGUGGUGCUGCUGUGUUUCCUCAUCAGAGGGCUGAUGCUGGAAGGGGCUGCAGAGGGCAUCAAGUACAUGUUCUACCCUAAGCUGGAGAUCUGGGGUGAGGUGCAGGUGUGGCGCCAGGCGGCAACGCAGGUUUUCUUCGCCCUGGGCCUGGGCUUUGGCUCGGUCAUCGCCUAUUCCUCUUACAACCCACGCAGCAAUAACUGCCACCGCGACGCCCUCACUGUCUCCACCAUCAACUUUCUCACCUCUGUCCUCGCCACGCUGGUGGUGUUCGCCGUGCUGGGUUUCCGCGCCAGGGAAGUCGCAUUGCGCUGCGUGACUCAUAACUUGGAGAAGCUGUCGGAGCAGUUCUCAGUGGGCCCUCUUGACCGGGACCUGCUGCCCGUGAUCAACAUCUCUGACCCCAGCUCGGACCCCCUGGAGGCCUACAGGGACUGGUUCAAGGUUCACGGAGCCAAGGUCCCUGGCAACCUCACCGACUGCAGCCUGGAGAAUGAGAUGAACAAAGGUGUGGAGGGCACAGGGCUGGCGUUCAUAGCCUUCACAGAGGCCAUGACUCUGUUCCCGGGCAGUCCCUUCUGGUCAGCCCUGUUCUUCCUCAUGCUGCUCAACCUGGGUCUUAGCACCAUGUUUGGCACCAUGGAGGGCAUCCUCACACCCCUCACCGACAACUUCAAAGUGCUGAAGCGCCACAAGACCAUACUCACAGUGUGUAGCUGCAUCAUCGGCUUCCUGAUUGGCAUGCUGUUCACGCAGCGCUGUGGGAACUACUUUGUGAUGAUGUUUGACGACUACUCCGCCACCCUGCCCCUCAUCAUCGUGGUGGUGUUUGAGUGUUUCAGCGUGUCCUGGGUGUACGGUGCUGACCGGUUCCUUGAUGACAUAGAGAAGAUGCUGCACUGGCGCCCUCCUGUGGUCUAUAAGUACCUGUGGAAGUAUGUGUGUCUGCUGGCCAUGCUGGGACUGCUGGGAGCCAGCCUGCUAAAGAUGUGCUUCAAACGGCCCACCUACACUGCCUGGAACAGAGAAACGGCCUCAGAGGUGACUCUGGACUACCCUGACUGGGCCCUGGGUGUCUUGGCUGUUUUGAUCAUAUUCGCCACGUUGCCUGUUCCCCUGGGCUACAUCCACUCCACCCUGAGGAACAGAGCUAGACGCAACUCCAUAGGAAGUGGCCUGGGAACCGACAUGGGGGGCGUAUACACUAAGUGCAGCACCGUGGAGUGUGACACCCCCGUAGCCGCCCUAUUGGACGAACACCUGGAAAGGAAUAGAAUACCUAAGGAUUCUCCCUCGCCAUUGGCCGAGGAGAACCUCCGGCUCCUCCCACAGAGGGAAGGGGAAGAAGAUAUAGAGGAUUCAACUAGCGUGUGAGGGGGAGGAAACAAGGAGAAAACAGAAGGACUAAAAGAGGGAAAUAUGAGCUGCUAGUUAGCUUGAUGUCAGAUGUUACAUCAUGGUACCAUGAAAGAAUGUAUACUGAGACGUAUACAUUGAAAAAUAUAUUUUAAAGAUCAAAUUACUAGUUUUAAAAGAUCCUCUGCUUUCAGAUGUUCUCUAUUUUAAAUAAUAUGAAUGUAGCCAUGUUGGGUUACAUUUCAUUUUUUAUGCUAUAGUCCAGAGAGGUGAAAAACUGCUUGUCAGUAAAAUCCCUAAGGCUCAAACUGUUAUUCAUAAGUGAGGAGAUAUGUGUUGCCAAGACGUUGCCUCAAAUGUUCAAAGCUGCAACCCACCUAAGGUGUUUUUCCACACCACUGUACUUGGUUGCUUACAGAUAAGGCUCAUGAUAUGGGGCAGUAAAGAA